UUUUUUCCAGGGUGUGUAAACUUAUUAGCACAACUCAUUUCAUUACCUAGUUUGGAAUUGAGGCGCUAUCUUCUCCAGGUCACUAAAACUGUAAAAAAUGUGCCAAACUUACCUUUUUGAAGUAAAAAACAAAAAAGUGUAGCAGAUAGUCUUAUGUCUGUUCUUCACAUGAACUUGUUAGGAUUUCUUUUGACCUCCUGCAGGGAAACCCUUUGACCCCACGUUUGUACUGAGCUGCACCGUAUCCAACGUGAUCUGCUGCUUGGUGUACGGAGAGCGCUUCGACUAUGGCGACAAGCAAUUCUCGGAUCUUCUUGAAAUGAUGUCUGCAAUUUUGGGCUACAACACCAGUCCAAUGGGAGGAUUGUACAACCUCUUCCCGUGGCUCAUGGAGCGUCUUCCAGGCCGUCAGCACACUGUCUUUGGCUACAUUGAGGACGUAAGAAAGUUUGCAAUAAAGAAGAUCCAAGAACACAAAGACACGCUGGACCCGAACUCUCCAAGAGACUUCAUCGAUUGCUUCCUCAUCCGCAUGGAUCAGGAGAAUAACAACCCCACAUCUGAGUUCCACUAUGAGAACCUGGUUGCUACAGUUCUGAAUCUGUUCCUGGCAGGAACAGAAACCACCAGCUCCACCAUCAGAUACGCUCUGAGUGUUCUGAUCAAACACUCCAAAAUACAGGAGAAAAUGCAGGAGGAGAUCGACACUGUGAUCGGGAGAGAACGAUGUCCCUCCAUGGAGGACAAGAAAUCCCUCCCCUUCACAGACGCCGUCAUCCAUGAGGUGCAGCGUUUCAUGGACCUGACCCCAUUCAGCCUCCCUCACUAUUCUCUGAAGGACAUUUCAUUCAGAGGUUACACCAUUCCCAAGAACAGCAUGAUUUUUCCCAUGCUGCACUCUGUGCUCAGAGAAGAUAAGCUUUGGUCAACCCCCUGGUCCUUCAACCCCCAACACUUUCUGGACCAGAAUGGAAACUUCAAGAAGAACCCUGCAUUUGUAUCGUUUUCUGCAGGGAAACGAGCCUGUGUUGGAGAGUCUCUGGCUCGAAUGGAGCUGUUUGUCUUUAUAGUGUCGCUCCUGCAAAACUUC